UGAGAAAACGAGUUAAGAACGUGUUCUCACAUAGUUCUUUGCUUGAGAGACACCGUGGCUUGCAAACGAGCGAAUGAUCGCAGUUGCUCAGUGUUUGGAUGUACAAAACCUCUAAAAAGCCAGCUCAUCAAGUGCUUACAUUCAGCAGCUUCUCUCAAGGGAUGUUGCCUGCAAGACAGAGCACCUGGAAACGCGUAUUUGUAGGCACACGGCUAUCCUUAAAGACUUUGCAGCCACAUUUUAAAAGUGAAGUAGACUGCGAUGCCUUUGGAGACCGUAGCACUCAGCGUGGCGCCACCUCAGAGAUUCUGGGUGUGGUCGCCCCUGGCUCCUCCCACAUGUCCAGUCACAGCGAGGAACUGGUGCUGCAGACCCCAGGCACCAUUUCAAUCAAGGUUGAAGAGGAUAUUGGUGGAGGCAUGCCCGCCGUAGAAGACUGCGAUGCCUUUGGAGACCGUAGCACUGAGCGCAACGCCACCUCAGAGAUUCAGGGUGAGGACGCCCCUGGCUCCCCCCACAUGUCCAUCCACAGCGAGGAACUGAAGAUUCUGAGCGUCUACGGAAAAGGGGAGGGCCCUUUGGCGACGGACGGCCAUGACACCCUCUUCACCGCGUCAGAAGUGGAGGCCCUGAACUCGCUGUCUGCAGACCACAGCGUGGCCAAGAGCCUGGAGCGCGGCGAGCGGCUGGUCUGCCGCGAGGAGCUGAGUGUGCAGCAGACCCCAGACACCAUUUCAAUCAAGGUUGAAGAGGAUAUUGGUGGAGGCAUGCCCGCCGUAGAAGACAAUGACAUCAGAGACUGCAGCACGCAGCGCGGCGCCACCUCGGAGAGUCUGCGUGUGGACGCCCCUGGCUCCUCCCACAUGUCAAGUCACAGCGGGGAGCUGCGCAUCCUGAGCGUUUACGGACAAGGGGAGGGCCCACUGGCGGUGGACGGCCAGGACACCCUCUUUGCCGCGUCAGAACUGGAGGCCUUGAGCUCGCUGUCCGCUGACCACAGCGUGGCCAAGAGCCUGAACUGCAGCGUGAGGCUGGUGCGCCUUGAGGAGCUGACUGGGCAUCAUGGUGGCCGCAAGGGCCGGCCCGGUGUCCUGGGUGGCACGGUUAUUCCCAACAAUGCCAAUAUGAUCGUCCACAUGAGGACUCACUCCGGCGAGAAGUCCUACAGGUGUGACCAAUGCACGAAGCGCUUCAGUUAUAGCUCCCACCUGAAGAUCCACAUGAGAACUCACUCCGGCGAGAAGCCCUACAAGUGUGACCAAUGCACAAAGCGCUUCAGUCGGACUGACCACCUGAAUAUCCACAUGAGGACUCACUCCGGGGAGAAGCCCUACAGGUGUGACCAAUGCACGAAGCGCUUCAGUUAUAGCUCCAACCUGAAGAUCCACAUGAGAACUCACUCCGGCGAGAAGCCCUACAAGUGCGACCAAUGCACGAAGUGCUUCAGUCGGAAAGUCCAGCUGAAUAUCCACAUGAUGAAUCACUCCGGCGAGAAGCCCUACAAGUGUGACCAAUGCACGAUGCGCUUCAGUCAGAAAUACAUCCUGAAGAACCACAUGAGGACUCACUCCGGGGAGAAGCCCUACAAGUGUGACCAAUGCAAGAUGCGCUUCAGUCAGAAAGGCCUCCUGAAAUUCCACAUGAUGAUUCACUCCGGCGAGAAGCCCUACAAGUGUGACCAUUGCAUUAAGCGCUUCAGUCACAAAGGCAACCUGAAUAAACACGUAAUGACUCACUCUGGGGAGAAGCCCUACAGGUGUGACCAAUGCAAGAAGUGCUUCAGUCGGACAAGCCACCUGAAGAUCCACAUGAGGACUCACUCUGGGGAGAAGCCCUACAAGUGUGACCAAUGCACGAAGGGCUUCAGUCGGACAAGCCAGCUGAAUAGCCACAUGAGAACUCACUACGGCGAGAAGCCCUACAAGUGUGACCAAUGCACGAAGCGCUUCAGCCAUGGCUGCAACCUGAAGAACCACCUGAGGACUCACACCGGCGAGAAGUCCUACAGGUGUGACCAAUGCCCGAAGUGCUUCAGUCUGAAAAACCACCUGAAGCGCCACAUGAGGACUCACUCUGGGGAGAAGCCCUACAAGUGUGACCAAUGCACGAAGUGCUUCAGUCGGACAAGCCAGCUGAAGAUCCACCUGAGGACUCACUCUGGGGAGAAGCCCUACAGCUGUGACCAAUGCACGAAGUCUUUCUGUCAGAAAGACUACCUGAAUAGCCACAUGAGAACUCACUCCGGCGAGAAGCCCUACAAGUGUGACCAAUGCACGAUGCGCUUCAGUCAGAAAUACAUCCUGAAGAACCACAUGAGGACUCACUCCGGGGAGAAGCCCUACAGGUGUGACCAAUGCACGAAGUGCUUCAGUCGGAAAGGCCAGCUGAAUAUCCACAUGAUGAAUCACUCCGGCGAGAAGCCCUACAAGUGUGACCAAUGCACGAUGCGCUUCAGUCAGAAAUACAUCCUGAAGAACCACAUGAGGACUCACUCCGGGGAGAAGCCCUACAAGUGUGACCAAUGCAAGAUGCGCUUCAGUCAGAAAGGCCUCCUGAAAUUCCACAUGAUGAUUCACUCCGGCGAGAAGCCCUACAAGUGUGACCAUUGCAUGAAGCGCUUCAGUCACAAAGGCAACCUGAAUAAACACAUAAUGACUCACUCUGGGGAGAAGCCCUACAGGUGUGACAAAUGCAAGAAGUGCUUCAGUCGGACAAGCCACCUGAAGAUCCACAUGAGGACUCACUCUGGGGAGAAGCCCUACAAGUGUGACCAAUGAACGAAGGGCUUCAGUCGGACAAGCCAGCUGAAGAUCCACAUGAGGACUCACUCCGGGGAGAAGCCCUACAGCUGUGACCUAUGCACGAAGUCUUGCUGUCAGAAAGACUACCUGAAUAGCCACAUGAGAACUCACUCGGGGGAGAAGCCCUACAAGUGUGACCAAUGCCCGAAGUGCUUCAGUCAGGGUUCCGCCCUGACGAUCCACAUGAGGACUCACACCGGGGAGAAGCCCUACAGCUGUGACCAAUGCACGAAGUGUUUCAUUCAAAGCUCCGCCCUGACGAUCCACAUGAGGACUCACACCGGGGAGAAGCCCUGCGUGUGUCUGCAGUGCAACGCCAGCUACAGCGACCCAAGCACUUUGCGAGUGCACAUGCUCAAGCACACUUUGACACGGGUUAACUGGACUCUUUGAUUGAGACCUCUGUCCUGUAUUGGUUGAAAUUACUGCUUUUUGUUUUUCUUUUCAUUACGUUUAAAUGCUUUCCAAUUUUGAUUUGCUUUCUGUUUUUAUUAAUAAUUGAUGUCUGUGUUGAAUAACUUAUUUCUAGGACAAAGAUGAUUGAAGAUGAUCCAUUUUAAAAGGUCCCUGGUUAAAUGUCUAGAUCUCAGUGAUGCUCAGUUUAGGCCGGUCCUCCCUCUAGAAUGCAGCAUUAUUCUAACAGGACAAAGUCAGAAGAUUCCUAGCAUUUGUCCCCCUUCACUCUCUGUUUGCAGCGGCGGCUGGUGAUCCAAUUCGUGGGUGGGGUGCAGUAAUGGACGGGGGUCCUCCCCAAGAAAAUAUAGAAUUGGUUUCUGGGAUGCCAACUAGCUAAAAAUGUAUUCCGAUUCAUAGCCUACAUCCUGACUUGCAGGGCCUGGACAAGCUGCUUUCAUUUUCAUUCCACUAGCCAUUGCUAUUUGACCCAUGGUUGUUAUUCUGAUAUUGAGGCAUAUCAUGAUCAAUGUCCUAUAGUGUUUGACCGGAGUCUCAAGGUGUAUAUCAAAUGCAGUUUGGGACCGUUGUAUAUAUAUUUUUUAUAUACUACAUGCCAAAAGACUUAAUUAAUAUGGAACUUACUUGUUCCUUUUAAGUAUAACAUUGCGUGAUUGAGGAGUCCAAUUCCUCCACUGAAAUGGGUAGAAAGUGCUUUUACGGCUCUCUGCUAAUUAGUUUACUAGCUAAAUUCGAGUUUUAUCUAGCGAUCCGCUAUCUGUAUUAUGUUAUUUUGUCUUGGGAAACAUGAGCCGAAUGUUUUUUGAAACCUGCCCGGCAACGGACAACCCUUACGUAAUUGUUUGUCAAGUUGUCAACAACUGAUGACGUAGGCCGGUACAAUUUUCGCCCCCUGUACAAUUUUAACGUGACAGAGGCGACGGAGAAAAGAGGCCCUCCGUGUGAUUGUUACGAGGGAGGACGCUGUCCUGCGUGGUUGCCUGGAGCUGCCAGAGAGCUGGGGACGUUUCGGGAGGGCUUUGCCCUGCCAGCCAUCGCACAUCCCGAAGUGCGGUCUCUGCUGCGGUAUCGUAAUCCCUGCACCCAAACUAAUCAUUCAGCCCGAACAGAACUGUGACGAAACGAACUAACGCCGAGCCGGUACACACACACACACACACACACACACACACACACACACACACACACACACACACACACACACACACACACACACACACACACACACACACACACACACACACACACACACACACACACACACACACACACACACACACACGACUGAAAGAACUAAUGCGGCCGUACACACGCACUACACUGGAAAGGACAUUGCACCGCUGUGCAUUCCGUGCACAGGACUUAAGGAAAAGUGUCUUUCUUGAGUGUUAUAAGUGUUAGAAUAAUAUAGCUAGUGUUAUAUUGGAUUGUGAUUGUGACUCGAAUGUUAAAUGCACGUCUGGUAAUUUAGCAUUGGAAUGUGAUUGGAAUGUGAUUUAUGUUUUCCCGGUUUAUAUGUUAUUGUUGAUGGGAACAAUCAAAUGUAUGUAUAUUGUGUUGAACGUUGGCAAGCGUCUUUUUAACUAUUUUCAUGCUCAAAAAUGUUUCAUUUUGAGUAAACAUCAGAGUUAAAGGACAGACAUUUUCUAUUGUAUUUAUUUUGUAUUUGAUAUAUUUCUUACCUGGGGGUAGGGGCGCUUCACCUGUUUAGCCAAACCUUAGUAAGCUACCGCUGAUCUAGACGGCUAAACAGUGCACAACGUGUCCACUCACCUGGACAUUGAAGCUAUAGGCAUUGGGUGUGGGGGACCUAGAUCAUGACCUAGAUCCUGUCCUCUCCAGAUUAAGAACUGUGUUACCCCUACAAGGCGGCGGCAAUAAUCCCGACCGUUACACUAUGAAAAUGCGGGACGUCAGCUUUUCGAUGACGUCCAAGUCGUGUAAUUACGUCGCCUCAUAACGUUCCCAUGGCAACAGGGGGAAAUGGCUGCCCUUGUGUGCAGUAAACGCAACAUUCUUCCACUUUCUGCUAAAAUAUAUGACUUUUUUGCAACGGAAAUGCGGGGAUUAUGAAAUCAUGCAAGCCCCGCAUAUUUUGCGCGCAUGGUUCAUGUAAUAAUCCGUGUAUGGUUCGUUCUUUGAAUAUUCCGAUUUAAAACAAAAUCAGAAAAACCAAUUAACAGAGUCGUUUUUGGGUUCUUCUGAUUUGGUUUUGAAACGGAAAAAGGGCAAAAGGAAUAAACAAAUAAACUGCAUUUUAUUUGUGUUUGUGCAUUUUGUGUGUCGGUUUUUUAAACCCGAAACAGAAAAACAACAAAAAAAGAUACAUUUAUAGUUAUAGGCUACAUCAGAAGGCAGAACGCAGCGAAGAAAAAAUAGCAAACCACCUAAACCAGCAAUAGUCUCUAAUUAUAUUUAGCCUUAGUUAUGGCCGCACUUGAACCUUAUGGUGAUUUUAUCCGUGAACUAUUUGACACUGGAAAGACGCACGACGAGAUCGGUACCGCUCUAAAGCAAUCUGGUGCCCCGAAGUGCUGCGUUAUGACGGUGAGGAGGUUCUGUGUGGAGCACAACCUUCGAAGAAGAAAGUUUCCGACACUGAUUUGGAAAUGGCAGUGGUUUCUUCCAUCAACAAGGUAGGCCUAUACGUGUGUAUUUAAGUAUAGAUAUACAUAAUCGAAAAUUUAUGACGGGUUACCUGUCAUCGAUUGGUGUGCAUGCUGGGGAAAGCAGAGUUGGGAGGACAGUCAUCAGCCGAUACCACGAUUUGCGAAGACAUGUAAGUAACUUAGAGUACCGGUAAGUAAACAGUGAAAAGUAAAUAUUCAUGAAACGGGAGCAAAAAGAGUUUUAAUUAUACUUCUCUUCCUUCUAAAGGGUGCUCGUAAUCUGAACCCUAUUCCCUACCAUGCAGAAUAAAUGGGCCAUAAACUGCACAUGGAUCAAAAUGAGAAGCUCGGCAUGUUCGGUGUCACACAUGU